GCUUUUUUGUUAAUGGCGGGCGGCGGUUGCUGAGUGGGUCGCAGAUAACGGCUGCCCGCACAGGGAACGUCUCCCUGCCACACCUUUUCCGCUCGCCGCUAGUGCCCGAGCUCGCCAGCAUGUCCGUGGUGCCGCCCAAUCGCUCGCAGACCGGCUGGCCCCGCGGGGUCAACCAGUUCGGCAACAAGUACAUCCAACAGACCAAGCCCCUCACCCUGGAGCGCACCAUCAACCUGUACCCUCUAACCAAUUACACUUUUGGUACAAAAGAGCCCCUCUAUGAGAAGGACAGCUCCGUUGCAGCCAGAUUUCAGCGCAUGAGGGAGGAAUUUGAUAAAAUUGGCAUGAGGAGGACUGUAGAAGGGGUUUUGAUUGUCCAUGAGCACCGGCUACCCCAUGUGUUACUGCUACAGCUGGGAACAACUUUCUUUAAACUACCUGGUGGUGAGCUUAACCCAGGAGAAGAUGAAGUUGAAGGACUAAAACGCUUAAUGACAGAGAUAUUGGGUCGUCAAGAUGGAGUCCUGCAAGACUGGGUUAUUGAUGACUGCAUUGGUAACUGGUGGAGACCAAAUUUUGAACCUCCUCAGUAUCCAUAUAUUCCUGCACAUAUUACAAAACCUAAGGAACAUAAGAAGUUGUUUUUGGUUCAGCUUCAAGAGAAGGCCUUGUUUGCAGUCCCUAAAAAUUACAAGCUGGUAGCUGCACCACUUUUUGAACUGUAUGACAAUGCACCUGGAUAUGGACCCAUCAUUUCUAGUCUCCCCCAGCUUUUGAGCAGAAAUCAGACUUCAUCUUUUGCUCCUCUGCUUUGGUCUGCUGAUGGGUUACACGGUGAAGUAUGGGAUAUGAAAAGAGUCAUAUUAUUCAUUUAUUUAAACACUACUUAUCAGGUAACAGGAAUUGUGCUGAGUGGUCAGAAUACAAUGAGGUAUAAUAACUUUUCCUUCCCUCAAGGAAAGUGGAUAAUUAAUCAAAUUUACACUCUUAAAAGUUUUUAAAUUGUAAAUAUUCAGCGAUACUGUUAUAUAAUGUGUAAGAUGUGACAGGUGGAAGAAAAGGGUGUCUCUGUGUAGAAAAUGCCCAAAAUGUCAAGGGAGGGUUGAAAUGUCCAAAUAAAUUUCUUUAUCAACUAAGGUAGAAACUAUGUAAAUAAUACUGUUUUUAAUAAAG